AUGGAUGAACAUUUGAUUGCAACUAUUAACAAGUUACAGGAUGCUUUAGCACCUCUUGGUGGAGGCUCUUCUUCACCAGUUGAUUUACCACAAAUCACUGUUGUUGGAUCCCAAUCUUCAGGUAAAUCCUCAGUUUUGGAAAAUAUUGUUGGUCGUGAUUUCUUACCAAGAGGUACUGGUAUUGUUACUAGGAGACCUUUGGUUUUACAAUUGAUUAAUAGAAGAGCAUCUCAAAAUAAAGACAAAAAGGAUUUGCUUGACAUCAAUUCGACCGAAGAUGGAGGACAAACGGAAAACAAUGCUGAUGAAUGGGGUGAGUUUUUACAUUUACCAGGAAAGAAGUUUUACAAUUUCGAAGAUAUUAGAAAUGAGAUUGUUCGGGAGACUGAUGCCAAGACCGGGAAGAAUUUGGGCAUUUCGCCAGUGCCUAUUAAUUUGAGGAUUUAUUCACCACAUGUAUUGACAUUGACAUUGGUAGAUUUGCCAGGAUUGACAAAAGUUCCCGUUGGUGAUCAACCCAAGGAUAUUGAAAGACAAAUUAGGGAUAUGAUUAUGAAGUUUAUUUCCAAGCCCAAUGCCAUUAUCUUGUCUGUGAAUGCGGCAAAUACUGAUUUGGCCAACUCUGAUGGAUUGAAGUUGGCUAGAGAAGUGGAUCCAGAAGGAUCAAGAACUAUCGGUGUCUUGACAAAAGUUGAUCUUAUGGAUCAAGGUACCGAUGUUAUUGACAUCUUGGCGGGCAGAGUUAUUCCCUUGAGAUUUGGGUAUGUGCCUGUGAUUAAUAGAGGUCAAAAGGAUAUAGAAACGAAAAAGACAAUUAGAGAUGCAUUGAGAGAUGAAGCGGCAUUUUUUGAAAACCAUCCGUCGUAUAGAGCCAAGGCUCAAUUUUGUGGUACUCCAUAUUUGGCCAAGAAGUUGAAUGGUAUAUUGUUGCAUCAUAUCAAGAGCACAUUACCUGAUAUCAAGAUGAGGAUUGAACAUUCUUUGAAAAAAUAUCAAUCGGAGUUACAAUUGUUGGGACCUGAAAUGUCCGAAUCACCAGCUUCGAUUGCGUUGAAUAUGAUUACAAAUUUCACUAAAGAUUACACGGGAAUUUUGGAUGGUGAAUCAAAAGAAUUGAGUUCGGCUGAAUUGACUGGUGGUGCACGUAUUUCGUUUGUGUUUCAUGAAAUUUUCAAGAAUGGUAUUACUGCGUUGGACCCAUAUGACCAAAUCAAGGAUGCUGAUAUAAGAACCAUAUUACACAAUACCUCAGGUUCUGCACCUUCAUUGUUUGUGGGCACUGCUGCUUUCACUGUUUUGGUUAAACAACAAAUUAAAAGAAUGGAAGAUCCCGCAAUUAGAUGUAUAAAUUUGAUUUUUGAUGAAUUGGUGCGUAUCUUGUCACAAAUUAUCAGUCAACCUCAAUACUCAAGGUACCCAGCUUUAAAAGAACAAUUGUCAAAUCAUUUUAUCCAGUAUUUGAGAGAAGCUUUAGUCCCAACAAAUAGCUUUGUUUCUGAUAUUAUCAAGCUGGAGGAAACUUACAUCAAUACAGCACAUCCAGACUUGUUAACUGGUACUCAAGCAAUGGCAUAUGUUGAAGAGAAAUUCCACCCAAAACCACAAGUUGCCGUUGACCCAAAGACUGGCAAACCAUUACCUAAUCAACAACAAGCACAACAACAACAAGCUGCACUUGCUAACUCUAAUAUCCCCAAGAAUGAAGAAAAUAGUAAUGGAUUUUUUGGCGGAUUCUUUUCAUCAAAAAACAAGAAAAGAUUACAACAAAUGGAAGCACCUCCACCAGUAUUGAGAGCCACCGGUACCAUGACAGAAAGAGAAACAAUGGAGACUGAAGUUAUUAAAUUGUUGAUUUCGUCAUAUUACAACAUUGUCAAGAGAACAGUGGCUGAUAUUGUUCCCAAGGCCAUUGUAUUGAAAUUGAUUAACCGAUCCAAGGAAGAAAUUCAAAAGGAGUUGUUGGAAAAGAUGUAUAAUAAUCCUGAAUUGCCUGAUUUGGUGAAGGAGAAUGAAUUGACGGUGCAAAAGAGGAAAGAGUGUAUUAGAAUGGUUGAAGUGUUGAGAAAUGCUAGUGAAAUUGUGUCUAGUGUGUAG